AUGGACGCCGCUAUGCCUGAUCUGCCGCCGCAGCAGGAUGAGCACAAUCACAACGAUGGCAUCAGCAUGGAGAAGACGACCACCGACGAGACGUCGUCGGGCGAGCCAGUCCGCAACUACCGCGGAUGGAAGGCCAUGCCAUACGUCAUAGGGAAUGAGACGUUCGAGAAGCUUGGCACGCUCGGGACACUAUGGAACUUGCUAGUGUACCUGACGACAGUGUACCACAUAAAAAGCGUCAACGCCGCCACCAUACUCAACUUCUUCUCCGGCACCAGCAACCUCGCCACCAUCCUAGGCGCCUUCAUCAGCGACACCUACCUUGGCCGCUACACCACCCUGGCCGCCGCCACCAUCGCCUCAUUCAUCGGCAUGGUAUUGCUCACCCUCACUGCCGCGCUCCACUCCCUCCACCCUCCUGCAUGCGCUUCUAACGGACAAUGUGAGGGUCCCACCCCAUCCCAGCUUGCCGCGCUCAUGGUAUCCUUCUUCUUCCUCAUUGUCGGCGCUGGCGGCAUCCGCCCUUGCAACCUGGCAUUCGGGGCCGACCAGUUCAACCCACGUACCGCCGAUGGCCGCCGAGGCAUCGCCAGCUUCUUCAACUGGUACUACUUCACCUUCACUAUUGCCAUGAUGCUCUCUGCCACCGUCAUCAUCUACCUCCAGAGCGACGUCAACUGGGCUCUGGGCCUCGCAGUGCCUGCCGUGCUCAUGGGCCUUUCUUGCGUGCUCUUCUUCAUGGGCACACGCCUCUAUGUCUGCGUUCGCCCCGAGGGCAGCCCGUUCACCAGCUUUGCACAGGUCCUCAUCGCCGCCUCCCGCAAACGCCGCCUCCGACGAUCUCACAAUACUUUCGAGCUUUUUGACCCGCCACACCAGAGCAAGCUCGUCUCCAAGUUGGCCUACACCGACCAGUUCACAUGCCUUGACAAGGCCGCCAUGCGAACCACCAAGGAUGUACUUUGCUCCGACGAGAAGACGUCGGCGAACCCGUGGCGGCUAUGCACGGUGCAGCAGGUGGAGGAGGUGAAGUGCCUGGCACGCAUCAUCCCGGUGUGGUUGUCGGGUAUUGUCUACUUCGUGGUGAUCACCCAGCUAGGGACCUACGUCGUGUUCCAGGCGGCCCAGACUGACCGCCGGAUCAUCAAGUCUGCCAGCUUCCAGAUCCCGCAGGGCUCCUUCAUCGUCUUUCAAAUGCUUGCCCUCACAGUGUGGAUCCCGGUGUAUGACCGAGUGAUGGUGCCGACACUUUUUCGCUUCACCAAGCGUGAGGGCGGCAUCACCUUGCUCCAGCGGAUCGGCAUCGGGUUGGCGCUCUCCGUGGUGACGAUGCUGGUGUCGGCAGCCGUGGAGCACCGUCGGCGCCGGACGGCUAUGAUGUCAUGCUUCUGGCUGGUGCCGCAACAACUGAUUGCCGGACUGUCGGAGGCAUUUGCUGCCAUCGGGCUGAUCGAGUUCUACUACCGACAGUUCCCGGAGAACAUGCGAAGCGUAGCCGGGGCAUUCUUCUUCCUGGGGCUCGGGCUGGCAAGCUUCGCAAGCGGGCUCAUGGUGAUUGCGGUGCAUCGGGCGACGAGCAGACGGGACGGGCGGCCGGACUGGCUGGGGGGGG